AUGAGUAGCGCCAACGUGGCGACCGCAAACAAUACUGCGGUAAAUGUCGCUCUUUCUGCAACAGUGGUUUACGGCCUGCUGUUAUUUACCGGAUCCUUUAUUUUCUUUAUGAGGCGUGGUAGUAGCAGCUUCUGUGGACGCCAUGUUGGUAUUUCUGUCUGCUUACUUUCAUCAUUUGCCAUCAUGCCGACAGUAAUGGCUCUGGGCAUCACAGGAGCAUGGAUCUGCACUGCUUACGGGUCUCUUGGAGGGGCGAUGGCGUGUCUCAUUACGCCCGGGAUGAUUCUUUUCUUCUUGUUAUUUGCGUGGUGUGCCGCGAUCUCAUCUUACAUUGAGGAGAGAGAUGGAACGCUUGACCUUGGUCGUUUGCAUCACCGCUCAGUAUCACCUUGGCAACACGUGCCUAAUUGA